AUGCCACAUAAGCCAGGAACUUUCUAUGAGAUUCCAGCCUUCACGGGAAAAAAUAAGUGCACAGCCUCUUACUUUGUCAUACUUUCUGCUCUUCUCCUCUUUAGCGAUCAACGGAGAAUAGUAACGUCAUCGUGUUGCAAAACCACGAUUCCUCUUGUGUGUAAUCUGGUGUAUAAGCAGGAAUUGAGCCUUUUUAUUUGUCAAGUCUUAAAAUUUCAUGUAACGAGUCCCAAUUAUAGACAGUACAAAUGGGACAAAGUGUGUGUUACAAACUUAGGCCCGGAUGGGUUUUUAUCGGCAACCGAUAGAAGCUUUCCGUCGCAUAAUGGAGCGAAUGAUCAGCAUUCUCGGAGUAAUGGAAAUCAUGUGCAAAAAUUAUCAUUGGGGUUUAAAAAGUUGUAUAUUGGAUGA